UUCUUUUUUUUUUUAAUUAUUCGUUUGGUACUUGGUUAAUGCAUUAGCCAAGAAAUCCAUUCGGCAUGAGCCAAAAGAAUACACCCUCUCAACCAUCGAUGAUCACAAAAAAUGGUCAGACAGCCAUAACCGGCGCACACAUUGUGCAGCACAUUUCGACAAUGUCACCGUCUCCUCUUCCUAUAAAACCCAAACUCCAUUCAUGAUUCAUCCCAUCAACUCAAAGCUCCACAAACAAAACACAGAGAGCCAAUCAUUCAAUCAUGUCGAAGAACGAGUUGGUGAUCUUGGACUGCUGGGCAAGCCCAUUCUGCAUGAGGGUGAAGAUUGCCUUGGCCGAGAAGGGACUCGACUACGAGGAAAGGGCAGAGGAUCUGUUUGGAGGGAAGAGUGACCUCCUGCUCACUUCCAACCCUAUUUACAAGAAGGUCCCCGUGUUCUUGCACGACGGCAAGCCUCUCUGCGAGUCGUCCGUCAUCGUUAGCUACAUCGACGAGACGUGGCCUGCUCCUGCCUUGCUCCCGUCGACCCCUUAUGAACGUUCCCAAGCACGCUUCUGGGCUGACUACAUUGACAAGAAGGUAUUGUUUGAUUCCACCUCUGCCAUCUGGAAGGCGUCGGGGGACGACGCUGUGGAGAGUGCCAAAAAGGAGUUCGUCGAGGUGCUGAAGGUGUUGGAAGGAGCCCUAGGGGAGAAAGAGUACUUUGCUGGGGAUGCAUUUGGGUAUGUUGACAUCCUUGCAAUCCCAAUCACUAGCUGGUUCUUGGCAAGUGAGAAAUUCGGCAACUUUAAGGUUGAGGCUGAGUGCCCUAAGCUGUCGGCUUGGAUCAAGAGAUGUAUGGAGAAAGAGACUGUUGCUAAGGUUAUCCCUGACCCAGAAAAGAUCUACGAGUUUGUUGUCAACUUGAGGAAGAUGUUCGGAAUUGCCUAGAGAAAGGAUUUAAAGUGACAGUUUCAAGUCUUCGGUUUUUCUUGCUUUCCAAUAAAGAGAUAUAUCUGUAUAAUAAUAAAAACUAUGGUGGAGUUAAAAGUUAAACAACAAAGAUGAUACUUCAACUGAGAGUUGAAAUUUGAAAUGUAAGUUCUGCAAGU